GGGGCCUACUCUUCUUCCGGUCGGAGCCUUGUCGCGGGCUUGACGCAGAGCAGCGUUUAUAACGCGCGAAGGUCCCGGUGAAGCGGAGUCGCGCAGCCUCCAGAGAGACGCUCCUCCUCGGCCGCAGACAUCAACUCUGACCCCGAUCUCCGGCGGCGGCGGCAGCAGCAGCAGCAGCAGCGUGGUGUGUGAGCCUCCCUCGGUGCAGCGAUGGCCGACAGCUCGCACUGCUUCUACUGUCGCGAAGACCUCGGGGGGAAGAGGUUCGUGCGCAGCGAGGGCAGGCCCGUGUGCGUCCGCUGCCACACCAAGUUCUGCGCCCACUCCUGCGCCGAGUGCCACCGACCCAUCUCUGUGGAAAACAAGGAGCUCAGCCAUAAGGGCCGGUUCUGGCACGAGGAGUGUUUCCGUUGUGCCAAGUGCUACAAGCCUCUGGCCAAAGAGCCGUUCAGCACCAAGGACGACCGCAUCAUGUGUGGGAAGUGCUGCUCCAGAGAGGACGCUCCCCGCUGCCACUGCUGCUACAAACCCAUACUGGCUGGUACAGAGAGCGUGGAGUACAAAGGAAACUCGUGGCACGACGAAUGUUUCACCUGUUUCAGCUGCAAACGGCCGAUCGGGUCGCAGAGCUUCCUCUCCAAGGGGAGCGACAUCUACUGCAGCCCCUGCUACGACAUGAAGUUUGCCAAACACUGCGUCUGCUGCAAAAAGCCCAUAACGUCUGGCGGAGUGAACUACCAGGACCAGCCGUGGCACAGCCACUGCUUCGUGUGCAGCUGCUGCUCGAAGGCUCUGGCAGGGACGAGUUUCACCAAGCACGAAGACCAGGUCUUCUGCGUCGACUGCUACAAGAGCUCCGUGGCCAAGAAGUGCGGCGGCUGCCACAACCCCAUCACUGGUUUUGGUAAAGGAGUGAACGUUGUGAACUACGAGGGCAACUCCUGGCACGAGUACUGCUUCAACUGUAAGAGAUGCUCCCUCAGUCUGUCCAACAAGCCUUUUGUGAACAAGGGACGAGACAUCCUCUGCGCCGACUGUGGCAACAAGUAGAGACGGAAAUCCUGGGUUUUUGUUUUUCAUUACGACAGAGGUCGAUGGUUGCGAGCUCAGUGUUUGCCCGAGUGUCAGGAUGAAGUUAGAGGUCGAUUGGUAUUUUUUUUUUAAAUUCAAAAAUCAAUGCUGUUAGAUGAUAUAUACAUACAUUUGAAAUAAAUCUAUAAAUUGUCAUCAAUUUAAUUGUAUUCUUUCAUCUUUUUUAGCACAAAAAUAAAGCUUAUGUCAGUGAUUUUAAUGUUUUGUUUUUGAGAGAUUUUUCUAUGUCCAAAAAAAGGGUGUUUUUUUUAAUGAUCAGAAUGUUGUAUCUAUAUUUGUAUCUUCUAAUUAUCAAGGGAUUAAGGUUAUUGUAUUAUUUUUUUUCAAGUAAAUAUAAACUUUUAUGCACUUUUCAAAACCGCUUUUCUAUAAAAGGAAAGAUGAAAGAUAAAUAAAAAUAAUAUGUAAACUGCAUGCUUUGAUGUGUCGACAAGAUGAAAUAAACUUUCUACAAAACUGA